AUGCCACCCGUUACCAACAAGCGUGUCAAGGGAAAGCAAGUCAGUCGCAACAUCAUCAUCGGAUCAGAGGCCUGGGACCUCCCCCCCGUAGGCGACCCGAAACGCGACUCCUCCAUCCCCGAACAGCAUACCAAGCGAUGGUCGAUAUACGUGCGCCAGCCCGAGGGCCACCCAGACAUGCGCACCUGGCUGAACAAGGUCACGUUUAAGAUUCAUCCUGAUUACAGCCCCUCUCUGCGAGCCUACGACAACCCGCCCUACGAGAUCACCGAGACUGGAUGGGGCGGCUUCCAAGUCGACAUCCGCCUCUUCUUCCAAUCUGUCAGCGGCGAGAAGCCGCAAUACCGCAACCACUUUCUACAGCUCGAGCCAUAUGGCGAAGACGCGGCCAAGGAGAAGCAAAAGAGGGAGGGUUUCGUGCGCUCCGAGUUCCUCGAGGUGGUCGAGUUCAACGAGCCGAUGGAAGCUUUCUAUCACGCCCUAACUUCCGAGCAGCAGUUCGACUAUUUGAAGGACCCCAAGCAGUGCGCCGCGCAGUGGGGAACUCAUAUUGUCAAAAGCAAGAAAAAGGCAAUCUCUCCAAGCGAGGGCAGCGCACAGCUACCUGUCCGCAGCACCGGCGAGUCGCUCGCGACGCAGGACCAGGAGGAAGUGCUGCGCCAGUCAAUGUACAAGAGGGCUGCGGAGGUGGACAAAAUGUACGAAGAGGAGGAGGCAAAGAAGGCGGGUAUCACGCAGAGGUUGCGGGAGCUGAGGCUGAGUCUCGGCCCUGAAGCUGCUGCGCAGGCUACCAAGGAGGCGAGUGGGGAUCGCGUGAGGAGGCGGUAG